AUGGCGAUACUUCUUGGUAUCGCGAAACAACUUGCUCGUACACCUCCGACACGCGGCGAAGUGGUGUUACUCUUUCAACCGGCCGAGGAGACGGGGGAUGGCGCUAAAGCUGUAAUUGAAAGCGAAAAAUUUGACGCAUCAUUACGUCCCGAUGUUGCUUACGCACUACAUAAUCAACCUGGGCGGCCCUUUGGUGAAAUAUCAAUACGGGAAGGAGCGUUUGCAUGUGCAUCGCGUGGCAUGAUUGUGCGGCUACACGGUCGUUGUUCUCAUGCUGCUCACCCAGAGCAAGGGCUGAGUCCAAUACAUGCUAUGUGUCACUUACUGGAAAAACUUGAGCAGUUGCCACAACGCUUGCCAGCAUCUGAAGAUCUUCGGCUGGUGACAACAGUACACGCCUGUCUUGGUGAGGUAGCGUUUGGCACAACACCAGGGGAGGCAGUGGUAAUGGUCACAUUACGAACAGCUACCGAUGCGUUAAUGUUAUCACUAGUGGAUGCUGCAUGCGAAUUAGUUGAACAAAUAACUCAAAAGACAGGACUCACCUAUGAAAUUGAGUUCAGAGACGUAUUUGCCGGCGUACUUAAUGAUCGACAAGCCACGGCAGACAUUAUCGAUUGUGCCAAAAAACUUGGAAAAACGCUAACAUUAAUGGAAGCACCCAACCGUUGGUCUGAAGAUUUCGGUGUUUAUUCUGCUGUAUGUCGUUGUGCUAUGUUCAUUUUGGGUGCAGGUGAAACAGCACAUGUUCUGCAUGAUUCAGCCUAUGACUUUCCCGAUACACUUAUCGAGCAUGGAAUAGAAAUGUUCUGGACACUGUUGCAGAAACAAUUAUUGUUUGGUGAUUGA